CGUAGUGAGGUUGCUUGUGCGGGGGCGCGCGGCCCGGAGCCCCCCUCCCUCCAGGGGACCAUGCCCUUGGGCGCACCAUGGCGUCGGCCAGCGACGACCCGAUCGCGUUCUGGCUGAAGCUGGGCGCGCUCGACAAGCUGGAGCAGGCGCUGCUCGACGGCUACGGGGACCAGCUUCGAGGGCGCUCCUCGCGCAUCCCGCAGGUGGCCCGCUUCCUUAAGCAGGUGCCCGCCGUGCAGGCGCAGAUGGAGGAGAUGCACGAGGGCGCCAUGCAGGGUCGCCUGGAGGAGGUGCGCAGCUUAGCCGAGGAGCGUCGCCAGUUGGCCUACUGCCGCGACCAGCAGGGCGCCAGUCCGCUGCACAAGGCCGUGCUCUUCCAUCAGCGCCCCUUGGUCGCCUACUUCGUGCAGCAUUUCCCCGCAGUCAUGCACGCCAGGGACCACCAAGGCAGGACGCCGCUGCACUACGCUGCGGUUCUGCAGGACAAAGGAGAGAUCUACCGGAUGCUCAAGACGGCGGGAUCCGACGAGAAUGCCACCGACGUUUACGGCCAUACUCCGGACUUCUAUCUCGACGCGCCCGGCGAGCUGACGCUGGAGCAGCUCAAGGAAGGCAACUCGUCUAGCCGCUCCAAGAAGGCCAAGCAUCGAAGAAGGAAAUCGGGAGACAACAGCACUGCCAGCGUUCGGGGCUACUCCGCCAAGCCGGCGGGCCUGAAAGUACAGAUCCGCGAAAUCAUCGGCCAAGGAAACCUAGAGGCCCUGGAAGAACUCGUCCUACACGGACACGGCGACCGGCUGCUGGGCGAGACAAGCCCCAACCCGGUCGUACAGGAGUUUCUGGACAUCGUGCCUGGAUACAUAGAGCAGAUCAGCGACGUGCACCGCGCCGUGGUUCGAGGCCGGCUGCGCGAGGUGCAGACGCUGAUGAGCCACCGUUCUCUGUCGCUGGCGCGAGACUCGAUGGGCGCCACGCCCAUCCACAAGGCCGUCAUGCACGGACACAUGGACGUCGCCCAGCAUCUGGCUGAGAACUUCCGCGACUCGCUCAGUGCCAAGGACAUCGAGGGACGAACACCUCUUCAUUACGCGGCCGCCCUCAGAGACGGUCGGAAGAUGUACAACAUGCUCAUUGCAGCCGGCUCCCCGACGACAAUCGUAGAUAGCAAAGGCAAGACAGCCGACUACUACCUGCAGUAUCCCGAGAAGCUGGGGCUCGAACAAAUCAUCAAACGGAAUCAGCUGGCCAACGCGACCCACCUCGGCAAUACCGUCAGCAGGCUCAAAGCGCUCGCGCCCCCCUCUAUCCAGAAGACCAUUGUAAACAUGCACGAGAGGUACCAUCAUUCCAACGGCGCUUUGAACGGCAGCCACGAAAGCUCACGUGAACGGCGAAACCAGUCGGAAAGCUCCCAAGACAUGGCCGAGGACAAAGCUGCCCAUCUAGCCAGUCAACCAGAAUCGCUAAAGAAAGUCAUGAUGCGGACGAAACCCAUUUUACCUCCGGUCAUAUUGCCACGCCUGGAAGUGAACUCCGCCAACAUCCGCAAGUGGAUCGACGAGCAGGAUAUUCAGAAGCUCGAGGGUGCCGUCUUCGAAGGCUACGGCGAGAGGCUCGCCCAAGAACCCUCUGUCCGGCACGAGCAGGUGGAGCAAUACCUGAGGAAGGACGUUCCUCGGCUGCUGGAGCGUAUCCAGGCCAUCCACCGCGCGGUGUCUGAGGACGACGUCCGUGCCCUGGAGACGCAACUGCAGAGCCCGGACUACGCGUUGGCCAGGGACCACCUGGGCAUGACGCCGCUGCACCGCGCCGUCGUGCUUGGAAGGCACGAUGUGGUGCGGCUACUCGUCGACCGCUUCCCCGAGACCAUCAACGCGAGGGACAGGGAAGGACGCACGGCUUUGCAUUACGCGGCGGCCGCUUCCCGGAGAAGUGGUCGGGCGGACAUGUACCGACUGCUGCUGCAGAAUGGCUCAGAUCCAAGAAUCAGGGACAACAGGGGCAAGUCAUCGGAAUACUACAAGACGCACCACCUUCAGCUCGCUCCUGAGGUGGCCCAGAUGAGCACCAGUGCCAGAGCAAAAGCCAGGAGUCGCUCGGAGCCUCCGGGAUCGAGACCACGGAGAAACUCCCAUGCGUCCACGGCGCUGAACGAGAAGCUGACAGCGGCGCUGCAGAAAGGUGAUCCUGCCGAGAUCCGCGAGCUCAUACUCGAAGGCCACGGAAGGCACCUGCUGGGCCGCACCAGCUGGAAUGAAGAGGUGCGCCACCUGCUCAAGGGCCUGCCCCACUUCCUGCACCAAGUGAGCGCCACUCACGAGGCCAUCAGCAGCGGUGACCAGGCGAAACUCGAGGAGCUGGCCGCCUCGGAUGCUCAGCUGCUGCGGGCGCGCAGCGACAUGGGUUGCCACCCGAUACACGCGGCCAUCGAGGCCCGAAACCUGGAGGCCGCGAAGCUCAUACUGGAUGCCUUCCCGGCCGCCAUAAACCUCAAAGCACCGCACGGCCGGAACCCAUUGCAUUUAGCGGCACUUCGACGGGAUCACGACAUGUACAAGUUCCUCGUGGAUAGUGGAGCAGACCCGAAGGCACUGGAUCAGAAAGGGAAGACUGCGGAGUACUACCUAAAGAACAGCAGAAAACGGCGAUCAAGGUCGACGGCGUCGACGCACGACACGUCGCUAGAACGCUCCUCCUCAGUGCGGGACACGAAGCCGGCCAUUGCCGAUACGGCCGCGCGCAGCACCGAGCUCGAAACCAUAACGGUGCCCGCCGACAAAGGCGCGCUCGGGGCUGCCGGAGAUGGUGUCGUAAGCCACGGCGACAAAAGCGCCGAAGGGACCGCCGGCGUCGCGAGCGCAGCGGCAGAACGCCCCGGCGGCGAAGAGGCGGCUGAGGCGACCGGCGGUAACGAAUCUGGCCAGAGUGGCUCGAGCGACGGUGGAGGUAAGGACCCCGAUAGCCCAGCGCCGGCUUCCGCAGGGAGCGAUGCCGCCGCGGGCAAAGACGUGUCUGGUGCGACGCUCGAAGCCGUUAACGAUGGCCGAGCGCCGAUCUCAGAGGCCGCCGGCGCCCUCUCGAAGGACGGUCGUAGCGACCAGGAAGACACGCAGGGAGCAUGCGCUGUUGAUGCCUCCUCCACCUCCUACUCCUCUUCCUCUGAUUCCCCGCCCACUGUCGCCUCUGUCUCCCCUAACGACGGUGGUGGUCUCCGAGUGAACGAUUCUGGUCUAAUCAAAGGAGGCCAACGUUCCUCUGAGGACGCUGGAACAGAAGUAACCGGGAUGGUUUGUGCGGAUGUUGAAGGUGGGGACGUGGAUGACGGGGAUGCAAAGAACGCAGAGUCGAGCGAACAGCGUAACACUGGCGCGACGGAACAAGGUACGGCGCCUUCCUCGGAAAAAACGGUAGACAGAACAAUGUCUAAUGACGUAAGCCACGUCGGUGGAGGGGCGAGUUAUGACGCCACACAUCAAGUACAGAGUGGCGAUGAAGACUUGCCUCGAGAAGGACACUAUGAGAAAAUGAGUAAGAGCGAGGUUGAUCAGGUAGCGCGCAACGAAGGCAGCACAGUAAAUGGUAACGGAAGCAUGGAAGGUGGCCAGACAAGCAACAAUCUCCCGAAGAGAACUGAGGAAGAACCAAUUAAAGAGCGUGAGAGACUGGACAAACUUCAAAAAUCCGUAGAAAACGAGGCGCCGUUCAGCACAAUUAACCACGUAGAACCCACUCAAGAUUCACGAACUGGAAGUGUCAAGCUUGAGCUCGAGAGCGUUGAAGGGGUCAUACCAGAAAAGAACAACGGCGCUCAGACAGCUGCCAAUAAGGCUGAUAUUUCGCAGGAGUCUACAGACGACGCGAAUCGUAUUGACGAUCCUAAUGCGGAAAACAUAAUAAAGAAAUCGCCAACGAGGAAGAGUAGUUCUGCAAGCAGGCGUGAGGAUUCUGCGGGAGGCGAGAAAUCGAAAGCUGACCUUGAAGAUAAGAAAAAUUACACUCGCACGCAAUCCGAAAGCGAGAAGAACCAAGCAAGGGAGAUCACACGCGAUCAGCGUGCCAGCAAUUCGAAUGACAAGGAAAACGAUCCUGUGUCCGAAGAGUUGAUACCCGACGCCGCUUUGAGUCCUGCUGACCCGGGUCUGUUACAAAAUGUGCCGAAAUAUAAUCACGAAACGAAUAUUGCAAAUAACGCUGGCGUUACUCAAGAUUUGAAAACACAAACGGAAACAGGAAAGAGUCAACGCAGUGACCAAGUAACUGACGCUGAAGUUACAGCCAGGUCAAAGGAUACAACGCUUGGUCAUGACCAAAGCGGUGACCGCGGCAUCGUUCAUGGCAAAACUGCGAAAGAUAAGCCCAAAGCACUCGUUUCUAGCGAAGCAAUGACAGGAAAUGUAGAGAAUAUAGCAGUGGAAGUCGAUGGUGCUGACCUGAAGGAUCACGAAGAUGGUAAUGAGGGUCAAGAGAGAAGACCUCUAGAAGUUAUGAAGCCAAGUGGGAAACCAGCCAAUGAAUCUACCAACAAGCCGCAAUCCAGUAAGGCCGAUAAGAAACUUGUACCUGAACAAAAACCAGUUGCUAAGCCAGGAGGUGUAAAAGAAGCGAAGAACAGCAAGCCGAACCCUCGAAGAAGCAGCAGCAUGGCGUCAAUGAGAGCGAACUUGACUAAAAGCAUCUCUCGACAUUCUUUGAACACCGAGGAAAAGGACGCGUUAAAAAGCAACCAACAAGGUUCGUUGGAGUCGAGCAAAACGGGCAGUAGUAAGAGCAAAGCUUCAAGAACAAACUCGGUAGCCACACUUGUUAGGGGCACGUCGUCCACGGGAGAACCGAGAAAAGGAGAGCAAGACGUCAUAAAAGCUCCGGCAGAGGACUCCAGUGUUAUUACUGCCAACCUGAGAAGUAGUAACGAGGACCGUCAAGACAAUGCAGAUGUUCCUAACAAGGCUACUGAUAAAGAACCUGACCGAGAAGAUGGACACGAAGCGAAGAAAGAAAAAGAACCUGCGACAACUCAAACAGAGCGCAAAAUUAGAGAUAGCAGUGCUUCGCAGUCGCAGAAAAGUCUGGGUGUGGCUGCUUUCGAUGCGACCAAGGAAGAAAUGUUGCAAGCUCAGGGCUCAGGAGAUGCGCAAUCCGCCAGCGGAGGCACGACAACUACCCACGUUUCUGAAGGAACGGAAGAAACUGUCUCGAGCGCCGCGCGAAAUGAAGCAAGCAAACAGCGCGCACCUGACAUUCAAAGGCCGGACGAGACACCAGGUGCAUCUAAACAGCACAAUGACACCAUCAGCCAAGAAGGAACAAGUUCUGGUGCAACAGAGGACCAUCUAGGUGCGAGAGAACGAAUGAAAGAACCAGACGUAGUGCCGGAGAGUUCUGCAGCAUCUGUCGCAGCUGAGCCUUCAAAAGCAGUGGCUCCAAAAGAGCAGGUUGGUGUCGACACUGACAAAGCGCACGAGAAAGCGGGCAAGUCAAAAUCACAAACGUCGACCAACUCGCUGGAGACGUCUGAACCUAAAGAACCACGCCGGAGAAGCGCUGAAAAACGGCCGAACAAUAAGGGGAGUAAAGUGUCAAGUAACACGUCGGCGCAACUGGAUCGACUGAAUGAGCUCAUCGACGUUUGGAUAAAGGAAGGCGAUUUGCUGCGUCUCGAACACGUGGUCAUCGCUGGCCAAGGAGAGCGGCUACUCAACAAGACUUCCGAGGAUAAGCAAGUCCAGGAGUUUCUGGGACUCGUUCCCGCCUACAUGGAUCGCAUCCGGACGGUGCACGAGGCGGUGGUGAGCGGCAACAUCGCUCAAGUUCGCCAGGUGCUGACUCGCAAACGUUUUGCGCUCAGCCGCGACCACCUGGGUGCCAGUCCACUACACCUGGCCGUUCUGCACGGACACACGGAUGUACUCAACUACAUCGUCGAGCGCUUUCCCGAGACGCUAGAUGGGCCUGACAACGAAGGGCGAACACCGCUGCAUUACGCGGCCGUCGUGCUCGAGGCCCAAAACUACUUCGACAUUCUGAAAAAGGCUGGCGCCGACGAGGCCAUCAAGGACAAGAUGGGGCACACGCCGGAGUACUACCUCAAGAAUCCAAAAGAACUGAGCAUCAGGGACCUGCUGGCUAACUACCAUACCCCAAGUGAUGAUGACAAAUCGGCCAAGGCGGACGUGUGGCAGAGGCCGUCCACGCCUGCUGGUGAAGCGGAAGAACCCGAAGUGACGACUACCGUUCCCGAAGAACCUACGGCGCCCGUAGCUCCCGCGGUUAACGGAGGAUCCGCACAGCCGACGGCUGCGCCCAACGGAAAACCGCAACAGCAAGAAGCCGCACCUGUGGUGGCAACAACGUCCGAGGCGUCUAAAACAACGAACUCAGUACCGCCGGUGGAAGAUGCACCGAUUGCGGCGCCGGCGCCUUCCCCGGCACCGCAUCAAGUGGCUGCCCCGCCGGUGCCGUCCGACAAAGGAGUGCGACAGCCUGUCGAAGAACCUUUACAAACGGCAGUCCGACUGCCACUCGGAGAACAGGCUGCGAGUCGCGCGGCGGCGGCAACAGGCCAGCCCGUGUCAACGCUGCCAGCUGGCAAGAAUGGGCAGAAUGGCGGCACCGACAUGGUUCAGUUGGCACAGUCGUUGCUGUUGACGGGAAGAACGCCCGAAGAGGCCCAGUACCUGAGUUCCAGCGUCGGCGACGCGCUCGUUGGGGCGCUGGCAGCCGUCGCCAAGCAGAGGCCUCCGGACCCCGUGGCCUUCGUCGCCUCCUGGCUCAAGCAGAGCCAAACGGUCCAAGAACAGUCGAGUUCCAGAGCCCCGAACACCACUAUGCCAGCGGUGAACUCGAAAAGCCGAGACAACGACGUAGCGUCCAGAGCGAACACAGUUUCGUCCUCAGCGACAAGUUUUGAUGGGCCGGCCCCAGAGCAAACCUUUCUGGUUUCUAGCGACGACAGUCUGAAGAGGGCAGGCUUCACAAACCCGUUCUCCGAGGAAGCUGCCAUCGAGGAGACGGAGCACUACAUGGACGACUACACAAGGCUCAAGGAUGAAGAGGGUCAGACGGUGCUGCAUUUUGCCGCCUCGCACGCUCACAGCGAGGGUUGCUUCUACGCGCUGGUGCGCCAGGGACAGGCGCUACUGGCCGAAAGAGACUCCCGCUACCGGACGGCGAGGGAUGUGGCGCGCGAGGCGCAGCAGAGCGACAACGUGCUCGCGCUCGACGCUUUCGUUCUCGACGCCUUCCUGGAGCGCCGAGCGGGGCUCCUGCGCGCUCUGGCACACCGGGGGUACGAGCCGCUGCUGCACGCCACCGACCGUCACGGGCGACACCUGACGGCCCUGCUGGCUCAGUUCCAGAUGACCGAUAUGCAGGCGCUCGUGCACGACAUGGACGCGUUCUUCAAAACUCGCGAGGAGCUCCACGCGUUUGUACGCAACGGAUAUCUGGAGGGCGUGCAACAACUGGUGAAGCGUGACGUCAGCCUCGUGACUGCCAAGGGCACCAAAGGACGCUGCGCACUGCAUGUUGCCGUGCUCGCCGAGAACCCGGACGUGGUGCGACACCUGGUCAAAGCCUGCCCAGAUGCGCUUCACGUCGCCGACAACAUGGGGAGGACGCCGCUGCACUACGCCAUGGCCAUGCCCCACGUGACCACCCUCGGCCAGAUCCUGGUGCAGGGAGGGGCCUCGCGCACUGCCAGGGAUGUCAAAAUGAGGACGCCCAGCUACUUCUUCAUAUACAAGCAAGAAAUACUGAAGCUCAAAGAAGAGGAAACUCCCGACUAGGCACUUCAUUUCUAAAUAAAUACAAAUUUUCUACAUU